AUGCAGAAUCUCCCCGCCGCACCACGGCGGACGCUGGCCGUCUUACUGCUGUUGGCCGGCUUCUUCUGGGUAGGGGCGCCGGAACCACCGCCAGGCAGCGCCGCGGUCUCCUCAUCGUGGGCGCCGGAGGCGGCUCCUAUCGUGGUGGCGAACCGCGGGCUGCGAGUGCCCCUGGGCCGCUCCGCAUGGCUGGACCCCACGCGGGAUUUGGUGCUGCAGGUGCAGCCAGGGGACCGGUGCCACCUCACCGUGCUGGACGAGGACCCGCUCUGGCAGCGCCCGGGCCGCCUGAGCCCUAGGCGCUUCCCCUGCGAUUUCGGGGCCCGCGAGGUGCAGUACUCCCACCUGGGCGGCCGCAGCCCCGCGCGGGACCGCGUCCGCCUGCAGCUACGCUACGACUCGCCGAGCCGCGCCAUGGUGCUGCCCCUGGUGCUGGAGGUGGAGGUACUUUUCACCCAGCUGGAGAUCGUCACCCGCAACCUGCCCCUCACGGUGGAGCGCCUGCGGGGCACUAGCAACCCUCUGGAUGCCCGCAGCCUGGAGUUCUCCUUCGAGCCGAGCAAGCAGCGCUGUCGGGUGGGCCUGCUGCCAAUGCUGGCCGGGCUCCCCCGCUACGGAGAGAUCCUGAACUACCCCCCGGGCGCGGCAGUGACAGCAGCCGCUGGUGGGGAGGCGGCGGGGAGUGGCCCGGUGCCUGCUUCGAUGUGGGACUGCGAGGAGUUUCUGCGUCUGGGUCUGCGCUACAGGCACACAGCAGCCGGCGGCUCCCCCAACCGUGACCUAGUGCCGCUGGUGGCCGAGCUGCGGGAGGCAGUGGGCAGUGGGGCACUGCUGAAGCGUGAGUACUUCCAGGUGCUGGUGCGGAUCCGGGCAGGGGCUGAGAAUGUGGCCCCCAAACCCAGCUUCAUGGCCAUGCUCAUGAUGGAGGUGGACCAGUUUGUCCUCACUGCUCUUACACCUGAUAUGCUGGCAGCUGAGGAUGUCGAGUCACCACCAGACCUGUUGCUCUUCAACAUCACCUCUCCUUUUGGCCCCGGCCAGGGUCAUAUGGUCAGCACAGAUGACCGGAGCUUGCCUGUCUCCUCCUUCAGCCAACGGGAUGUGAGGGAGCUGCGCAUUGCCUACCAGCCACCCAUGGAGGACUCUGAUCGGGAACGUCUCUUUGAACUUGAGCUGGAAGUGUUGGACCCAGAAGGUGCUGCUUCAGAGCCUUUUGCCUUUGUCAUUGUGGUGAAGCCCAUGAACACGCUGGCCCCUGUGGUGACCCGCAAUACUGGUCUUGUACUCUAUGAGGGUCAGUCACGGCCUCUCUCAGGUCCUGGUCCCAGCCCCAACCUGGUGAUCAGUGAUGAGGAUGACCUUGAGCAGGUGCAGGUGAGUGUGGUGGCAGGGCUGAGGCAUGGCCACCUCACUCUCCUAGAGGACACCCCAGCAUCUUCUGCCCCUCGUAAACACUUCAUGGUGGCUGAACUGGCAGCAGGCCGGGUCAUUUACCAGCAUGAUGGCAGUGAGUCUCCACUCAGUGAUAACCUGGUGCUGCGUCUGGAAGAUGGUGGCUCUCGCCACCAUGUUGAGUUCCUCUUUCCCAUUACAUUAGUGCCCACUGAUGACCAGCCACCACUACUCAAUGCUAACACAGGGUUGGCCAUGGCUGAAGGUGAAACAGUGCCCAUCACCACUCGUGCUCUUAGUGCCACUGACAUUGACUCACAGGAUGCUAUCCUGCUCUUCACAGUGGAGUCUGGCCCCACUGCUGGGCAGCUCCUCCUCCGUCAAGCACAACCACCUCCUGGCUGGGAAGAGGAAGAAGAAGAUGGCUUUUCUUGGAGGAGAGUGCCAGGUUUAGCAGGAAGCUCCCUGAUUUAUGAGAAGCCAGUGAGAGAGUGGCUGCAGCAGGACAUUGUGCAAGGGCGUCUUUAUUAUCACCACUUUGGGCCUCACAGCCCUGGCCCAGGGGUUGUGUUGGACCAGUUUGUCUUUAGAGUCCAAGAUGACAGUGACCCACCUAACCGCUCCGGACCACAAACCUUUGUGAUCCGAGUACAUCCUGUGGACAGAUUAGCCCCAGAGCUGCAUAGUAGCAGUAGCCUGCACUUAAUUGUUGCAGAACAGCAGGUGACCCCACUGAGGAGGAAGCACUUGUGUUACACAGAUCAGGAUUCAGGGGACCGUGAACUCCGCUACACAGUAACUCAGCCUCCCACUGACACUGACACAAACCACCCUGCAGAUAUAUAUGGAGCCCGCCUUGGAUCCCUCGUGCUGACUGAAGAUCACUCUGUGGAAGUUACCCACUUCACCCAAGCCCAGAUCAAUCAUCACAAGAUCUCAUAUCGUCCCCCGCAGGAAGAACUGGGGGUGGCUCCUCAUUUGAUUCAGUUUCAGUAUCAAGUGCAAGAUGCAGCUGGCAAUGUGGCCAAAGGGACUUUCACAAUCUACCUGCAGCCUGUGGAUAAUCAGCCUCCUGAAAUCACUAAUACUGGCUUCACUUUGCCUGAAGGAGGCAGCCAUGUCCUUAGUCCAACUGAGCUAGAUGCCAGUGACACAGACACUGAACUUGCCCGUCUCAGAUUUAUCCUCACCCAGGCUCCUCAGUAUGGCCAGUUGCAGCUUUCUGGCUACAGUUUGAUUCCAGGAGGUGUCUUUGGUCUGGAGGAUAUCAGACAAGGGAGGGUGAUGUAUGUGCACAGUGGAGCAGAGGCCAGCAGUGAUGUCUGCACGCUUGAUGUGAGUGAUGGUGUUCAUUUUGUGCCCAUCACACUGAAAAUGAAUGUUCACCCAGUUGAUGAUGAGUUUCCUAGUCUACGGCUGCCCCCAGGCACUCUUGGUUCCUACCUGGAUGUUCUGGAGAAUGGUGUUGCUGAAAUCACAGCUAAUGUCAUUCAAGGCACAGAUGAGGAUACAGAUGACUUAAUGUUGACCUUUAUUGUAGAGGAUCCUCCUCAGCAUGGAAACAUCCUGGUCCAAGGGGUGCCUGCAGAGAGAUUUUCCCAGAGAGAUCUGCUGGAUGGUGGUGUGGUAUAUGCUCAUACAGGUGGGGAAAUAGGCCUUCUGCCCAAAGAAGAUACCUUCAACCUUACAUUGUCUGACCUGUCUGAAAAGUGGAGCAUCAGGGGCAAUGUUGUUCAAGGAGUUUCAGUCUUGGUGACUGUUCUUCCUGUUGACAGUCAAGCCCCUGAGAUUUUUGUGGGGGAGCAGUUUAUGGUUAUGGAAGGUGACAAACGAGUCAUCACUCCUGCUAACCUCAGGGCUGAAGAUAUAGAUACUCCUAGUGAUGAUAUACUCUGCACCGUUGUUGCUCAGCCCACCUCUGGGUAUGUAGAGAACAUCUCUCCAGCCCCAGGAUCUGAAAAAUCUAGAGCAGGUAUAGCUAUAAGUGCAUUUACCUUGAAAGACCUCCGUCAACGGCAUAUUUUUUAUGUUCAAAGUAUACAUAAGGGUGUAGAGCCAGUUGAAGACAGAUUUGCUUUCCGAUGUUCUGAUGGCAUUAACUUUUCCCAGAGGCAUUUUUUCCCAAUUGUCAUUAUGCCAAUCAAUGAUGAAGAGCCUGAAAUUUUUGUGCGAGAGUUUGUUGUGAUGGAAGGCAUGAGCCUGGUUAUUGAUACGCCUAUCCUCAAUGCAGUUGAUGCAGACAUACCUGCUGAUGAGUUAAUGUUCACAAUCACCAGGCUUCCCAGGCAUGGCCACAUUGUGAACCAGCUGGUCAAUGGGACGGUCCUAGUGGAGAGCUUCACCUUGGAUCAGAUAACAGAGAGCUCUAACAUACUCUACGAACAUGAUGACUCUGAGACAAAGGAGGACAGUUUUGAACUGAAAGUCACAGAUGGUAAACAUACCAUUAGAAAAAUGGUAUUCAUCAUGGUUGUUCCUGUAGAUGAUGAGACACCCAGAAUGGCCAUCAAUGAUGGUUUGGAGAUUGAAAUAGGGGAAACUAGAACUAUUCAUAGCAGAAUAUUGAAGGCUACUGACCUGGAUUCUGAAGAUAAAACCUUGACUUACAUUAUAAGAUAUGGGCCAAGGCAAGGCCUUCUACAGAAAAUAAAGCCUUCAGGUGGAGUUGAGAAUAUCACUCUGGGGAUGAACUUCACCCAAGAUGAAGUGGAUAGAAACUUAAUUCAAUAUAUGCAUUUUGGCCAAGAAGGAGUUCGUGAUCUUAUCAAGUUUGAUGUGACAGAUGGAAUAAAUCCUCUGAUUGAUCGUUACUUUUAUGUGACAAUAGGUAGCAUUGAUAUAGUCUUCCCAGAUGUAAUCAGCAAAGGGGUUUCUUUGAAGGAAGGAGGGAAGGUGACCCUUACUACUGAUUUACUUAGUACCAGUGACCUGAACAGUCCAGACGAGAACUUAGUUUUCACUAUUACUAGAGCACCGGUUCGUGGUCAUCUUGAGUGCACAGAUCAGCCUGGGGUACCCAUCUCCACUUUUACUCAACUCCUGUUAGCAGGCAAUAAAGUCUAUUACAUUCACACUUCAGAAGAUGAGGUGAAAAUGGACAGUUUUGAGUUUGAGGUGACCGACGGCUAUAACCCUGUAUUUCGUACUUUCAGAAUUUCUAUCAGUGAUGUGGACAAUAAGAAACCCGUUGUCACAAUUCAUAACCUGGUGGUGAGUGAAAGUGAAUAUAAGCUGAUAACUCCAUUUGAACUGACUGCAGAAGACAGAGAUACACCUGACACAUUGCUAAAAUUUGUCAUCACCCAAGUACCAGUUCAUGGUCAGAUCAUGUUCAAUAACUCCAAACCUGUCACUACCUUCACUAAAAAAGAUCUAAAUGAAAACCUAAUCAGCUACAAACACGAUGGCACAGAAUCAGUUGAGGAUAGCUUCUCUUUCACUGUUACAGAUGGCACUCAUACUGAUUUCUAUGUCUUCCCCAACACUGUGUUUGAAACGAGAAAACCUCAGACAAUGAAGAUUCGAAUAAUGGCUGUGGACAACAGUGUACCUCAAGUUGUAAUAAACAAAGGUGCUCAGACACUCCGUAUUCUGGCCACAGGCCACAUUGGGUUUCUGAUUACCAACAAGGUGCUCAAAGUGGAAGACAGAGACAGUUUACAUGUUACUCUUAAAAUCAGAAUCACAGAGGGUCCACACCAUGGCUUCCUGAUCCACCUGGGGAAAGGCAACCAUAGCAUCAGCCAGUUUACCCAAGCUGAUAUUGAUGAUAUGAAGAUAUGCUAUGUGUUACGAGGGGGUGAUAAUGCCACCAGUGACAUUUUCCAUUUCAUGGUUGAAGAUGGUGGAGGUAAUAAGCUGAAGAAUCAACAUUUUCGCCUAAACUGGGCAUGGAUCUCCUUAGAGAAAGAGUAUUAUUUAGUAAACGAAGACUCCAAAUAUCUUGAUGUUGUUCUCAAACGGCGAGGUUACCUGGGAGAAACCUCUUUUAUAAGUAUUAGCACCAGAGAUGGUACUGCCAAGAAAGAUAAAGACUUCAGAGGAAAGGCCCAGAAGCAGGUGCAGUUUAAUCCUGGCCAAACCUUAGCUACAUGGCGAGUAAGGAUUUUGAGUGAUGGUGAACAUGAACAGUCGGAGUCCUUUCAAGUUUUUCUUUCUGAACCUGUCAUGGCAGUUCUAGAAUUUCCUGAUGUAUCCACAGUGGAAAUUAUUGAUCCAGGAGAUGAAUCAACUGUUUUUAUUCCUCAGUCCACCUAUACUAUUGAAGAAAAUGUUGGUGAGUUAUUUAUUCCAGUCAGAAGAAGCGGAGAUGUGAGCCAGGAGCUGAUGGUUAUCUGCCACACACAACAUGGAACAGCAUCUGGCACUGCCCCAACCUCUGUGCUUUCUUACUCUGACUACAUAUCCAGGCCUGAGGAUCACAACAGCAUUCUACGUUUUGACAAAGAUGAACAAGAGAAAAUGUGUCGGGUCGUCAUCAUAGAUGAUUCCCUGUAUGAAGAGGCUGAGACUUUUGAUGUUUUGCUGAGCAUGCCAAUGGGUGGAAGAAUUGGUGCAGAAUUCCCAAGCACUCGAAUUACCAUUGUACCUGACAAGGAUGAUGAACCAUCAUUCUACUUUGGAAAUGAUGAAUACUACAUUGAUGAGAGUGCUGGCUAUAUUGAGGUGCGUGUCUGGAGGACUGGAACUGAUCUGUCUAAAGCUGCCUCUGUUACAGUAAGGUCUCGUAAAUCUGAACCACUAACUGCUGAGGCUGGUGUAGAUUAUGUAGGCAUCAGUCGUAAUUUGGAUUUUUCCCCCGGAGUCAAUAUGCAGACAUUCCGUGUGGUAAUUCUGGAUGACCUUGGGCAGCCAGUGUUAGAAGGAACUGAGAAGUUUGAGAUUGUGCUAAGGAUGCCUAUGAAUGCUGCCCUUGGUGAACCCAGCAAGGCCAUCAUCUUCAUUAAUGACUCAGUGUCUGACUUGCCUAAAAUGCAGUUCAAAGAAUCUAUAUAUGUAGGCAAUGAAAAUGAUGGACAGAUUUCUGCCAUGAUAUAUAGGAGUGGAGAUAUCCGAUACACAUCCACUGUGCGAUGCUAUACAAGGCAAGGUUCAGCUCAGGUAAUGAUGGACUUUGAAGAACGUCCUAACACUGACAGUUCCAUCAUCACAUUCCUUCCUGGUGAAACUGAGAAGCCUUGCGUGCUGGUGCUGAUGGAUGAUACUUUCCAUGAAGAAGAGGAAGAACUACGUUUGGUUCUUGGCACUCCAAGAAGUGAUUCUUCCUUUGGUGCCUGUAUUGGUGACCAAAAUGAGACACUGAUAAGGAUUCAGGAUGAUGCAGACAAGGCUAUUAUUAAGUUUGGUGAGACUAAAUUCAGCGUAAGUGAACCAAAGGACACAAGGCAAGUAGCAGUUGUAAAAAUCCCAGUGCUUCGUCUGGGAGACACUUCCAAAGUUUCUGUUGUGAGAGUUCAUACAAAGGAUGGAUCUGCUACUUCUGGAGAAGAUUAUCACCCUAUAUCAGAAGAAAUUGAGUUUAAGGAGGGUGAAACACAGCACUUUGUGGAGAUUGAAGUUCUCUUUGAUGGAAUAAGGGAGAUGAGAGAAGCCUUUACUGUUCACCUGAAGCCUGAUGAGAACAUGGUGGCAGAAAUACAGACAACCAAGGCUAUUGUUUACAUUGAAGAAAUGAACAGCAUGGCAGAUGUCACCUUUCCCUCUGUCCCUCAAGUUGUAUCCCUUCUGAUAUAUGAUGAUACUUCUAGAGCUAAAGACAGAACCAGUCCCAUAGCUGGGUAUCCUGUCAUCUGUAUCACAGCUUGUAAUCCUAAAUAUGAAGACUUCGACAAGACUGGGUCUAUAUGUGCCAGUGAGAAUAUCAAUAAUACUCUAACACAAUACCGGUGGCUUGUAAGUGCACCCACUGGUCCUGAUGGUGUGACUAGCCCCAUGAAGGAUGUUGACUUUGAUACCUUCUUCACUUCCUCCAAGAUGAUUACACUUGACUCCAUUUACUUUCAAGCUGGUUCUCGUGUCCAGUGUGCAGCUCGUGCUGUGAAUUCAGAUGGAAAUGCGGGUCUUGAGCUUAUGAGCCCUAUUGUAACUAUAAGCACAUCAGAAGGUCUUUGUCAGCCUCGUGUGUCAGGAGUAGUUGGAGCAGAACCAUUCUCUGCCAAAUUGCGCUAUACUGGUCCAGAAGAUCCUGAUUAUGCCAACCUCAUUAAACUGACAGUCACAAUGCCACAUAUUGAUGGAAUGCUACCUGUUAUUUCUACAAGACAGCUCUCCAACUUUGAGCUGACACUUAGUCCUGAUGGAACUAGAGUUGGAAACCAUAAAUGCUCAAACCUGUUGGAUUACACAGAAGUGAAGACCCACCAUGGAUUUUUAACUGAUGCUACCAAAAACCCAGCUGUAAUUGGAGAGACCAUUCCCUAUCAAUAUAGCCCAAUUAUUAGAGGUCUCAAUACCUUACGCUUCUACCGCAAUCUGAAUCUGGAAGCCUGCUUAUGGGAGUUUGUUAGCUAUUAUGACAUGUCUGAGCUUCUCACAGAUUGUGGAGGCACCAUUGGGACAGAUGGACAGGUUCUCAACCUAGUACAGUCCUACGUCACACUGAGAGUGCCCUUGUACGUCUCUUACGUUUUCCACUCUCCGGUGGGUGUAGGAGGCUGGCAGCAUUUCGACCUACAAUCAGAGCUCCGUCUGACUUUUGUGUAUGACACUGCCAUCCUGUGGACAGAUGGGAUCGGUAGCCCACCUGAGGCAGAGCUCCAAGGCUCCCUGUACCCAACCAGCAUGCGUAUUAGUGAAGAGGGGCGCUUGGUUGUCAACUUCAAGACUGGAGCCCGGUUUCAUGGUCUGUUUGUGAUGUCCCAUCCUGCUUCAUCUCUGACUUCCAUGGUUAUGUCAGCUGAUCACCCAGGCCUGACAUUUAGCCUCAGCCUCAUCCGAAGUGAGCCAACAUACAACCAGCCAGCACAGCAGUGGAGCUUUGUGUCAGAUUUUGCGGUUCGGGACUAUUCUGGAAUGUACACUGUGAAGCUGAUAGCUUGUACCACUGCUCCACAUCAGGAGUACAGCCUACCAGUGAUCUGCAAUCCUAGGGAACCGAUCACAUUUGAUCUGGAUAUCCGAUUCCAACAGGUUAGUGACCCAGUGGCUGCUGAGUUCAGCUUGAACACCCAGAUGUUCCUCCUCUCCAAAAAGACACUGUGGCUAUCUGAUGGCUCAAUGGGCUUUGGGCAAGAAAGUGAUGUUGCUUUCUCAGAAGGUGAUAUCAUAUAUGGUCGGGUGAUGGUGGAUCCAGUGCAGAAUCUGGGUGAUUCUUUCUACUGUAGCAUCGAGAAGGUUUUCCUGUGUACGGGAGCUGAUGGAUACGUACCCAAAUAUAAUCCAUCCAACACUGAAUAUGGAUGCCUUGCAGAUUCUCCUUCCCUUCUAUACAGAUUUAAGAUUGUGGACAAAGCUCAGCCAGAGACACAAGCCACAAGCUUUGGAAAUGUGCUUUUUAAUGCAAAACUCGCAAUAGAUGAUCCUGAAGCAAUUCCCUUAGUUAAACAGCCAGGCUCUGAUGGAUUUAAAGUAGACUCAACUCCUCUGUUUCAGGUAUCUUUGGGCAGAGAGUGGUAUGUCCAUACAAUCUACACUGUGCGUUCCAAAGAGAAUGCUAACCGUGGGAUUGGCAAAAGAAGUGUGGAGCACCAGUACCACUCAGUCUUCAGUGGUAACAUCCCAGGAGCAUCCACACAGAGACGUCAUAAGAGGGGAACUGCACAGGACCCAGAACUUGUGAAAGAUAUUGGAGCAGAAAACAACCGAGGAACAAACAUACAGCACAUAGCUCUAGAUCGCACCAACAAGAAACAGGUUCCUCAAAGGGAGGUCACGGUCAAUGGCAUUCUCCCCAGAGAACUGAAUAACCAAAGUGCAGGAGUCAGUAUAAUCACAAUCCUUGGUGGAACUGCUGCCAUUUUCCUUGCCAUCUGCUUAAUUGCAAUCAUCAUUUUGCUGCUAAAAUGGAAACAAAAUUCUGAGAAAAAGGAAGCAACAAAGGAGUCAGGCAGCAGUGAACCAAUGAUGCUACCAUAUCAUUACACCAGCGACAGCUCAGAGGUUUGAUUCCUAGACUGCAAGAUUCAAGCCAGAGUCUUCGGAGUGCCUAAAAAAAAAAAAAAAAGACUUGAACUGCACUUUGUUAGCAGCUGUACUUGAAAUUUUUUAUCCUGAGCUCUUGCUGCCAUUAGCAACAACAGAAGGAUCCGUACCAAAUCUCCCACUUUGCACAGGUAAUUCUUAUGUCCUUCUACCAUGCACUAAUCUUCAGCAGCAAUUCAAGAAAAUGCAUUGUAAGGGAGAGAUUUGGGUUUGCCGGUUUUGGUGUUUUGUUUUUUUUUUUAUUUUAUGACAUUUUUAAAAAGCAGAAGAAACUAUCCAAAGGUGCUAUAUAUAUCCUGUCUGAAAUAAGAGAGGAAAUCUCUUUCUUCAGAAACACAGAAUACUUGAGAGGAGGAAUCCUUACACUCUUCAGUUAGGAUUUGUACUGUUUCUCGCAAAGAACUCAAUGUCUACAAUAGUCUGAAAGGCAAUGAAAUAUCUUAGGCAUGAAUCCUUCCUCCUAUAAGCUUUUGACUUCACUUAAGCUAUACCAUUGAUUUAUUGUUGUUUAUUUUUAAUUAUGUGUAACCGAACUUUUUCAGAAGACAGUUAGAUUAGACAGCAUAAAGCUGUAAACAGUUGCAUGUAGCAGGAUGCAAUGUACACACACUUUUCUGCAAAUUCUUAUUCAGCUAUUUAAUCUGAGAUAUUUUUCCCUAUUUAUGUUUAUAUAAAGCCAAAGAAUUAAACAAACCCAGGAAGAAUUGUUUUUGACAGAAACCGGACACUUAAUUCACUGUAAGUUUAAAAUGGAUCAUGGAAAUGUUGUAAGGUAAAUUGUAUUUUUUAGUGCAUAUACAUUGCUGGGGAAUGGAAGCAUUAGUAUUUCAGUACUUAGAGAAGAUGCUAGAGUUAGAUUCAAAGUGCAGAGGACAAGGUUCUGUCUGAACUGAGCCUACGAAUCAUAAUGCUGAAUCCAGCAUGUGAUUGUCAGUUGCCAUAUUAAAUGGCAACGAAGUGAAGAAAAAACUAACAUGUGAUUGAAUCAAGUAAAUGUAUUUAUUACUGUAUAAGCAUAGCACAUCUUGACAAAUGUGCUGGGUCAUUGUUGGGCAUUUUUUAACAAGUGACUUACUUUUACAAGAGUCAUUCUAAUUGUCUCUUAGCAUACUUGAUUCAGGUAGCAUGGCAGCGUGCUGUUGCACACAAGUUUGGAUCAGCAGUGUCCCAUGGCAGUUCUUAUUCUAAAUAAGACCUAUUCUGUCCCCAUUCCAUAUCAUGCUAAAUACUUGGAUGUGUGUACCAUGUAACCUUGAGGACAAAUUGUCCCCUUUGUCACACUAGUAUUAUAUACAAAUAAGUCCUUUCUUUAUAGUUAUCUCUAUGAACUCUAUGAAAACUGAAUCAGGAUAUUGAGACUGCUGCUGUUCCCUUCCGUCAUAGAAUCAUACUCAUGGUGAUGAGUGCAGGCAGCCCCCAGACUAUCUUCAUCUGCAAUGCACUUGGCAUUUGGUGUUCUGAGGACCAUGCUACAGCAAUCUGAGUUAGCAGAACAGCAUCCAACCUGGAAGCAGCCUGGCUGCAAGCACGCAAUGCUGCCUCUUAAUUGAAAAAUCCAUUCAAAAGGUUUCCCUAGCCUGGCAGUGGUGAUCUGGCAAUACAAAUAAAUCUGACCUAGACAUUCUGCACAUUCUUUCUCUGAGUCAUAAAGACUCAGAAAUGUUGGGGUCUACUAGCCUAGGAAUAUCUGUGCUGUGAUUCAUGGUUCAGUAUGAAUAUGGUCACAGAGGGCCUCACACUGAUAUCUCUUUCUCUGAAUUUAUAUUAUGACUUUGUUUAAUAAGAUUUCAUCAGGUUUUCACCAAACUGAUCAAGUCAGAAUCUAUCCUACCUUUUCUAGGUUUUCUGAAAACUGUGAUUCAGACUGCUUAAUUGAAGACCCAAGAGUCAAACUCCAUUACAGAAACCAUGCAGUCAUAUUUUACUUUAAUUAAUCUGAGUUCCAGCCUGCAAAAAUUAUUCACAAGAUGUGCCCAGUGCAGCAAAGCUUUUCCUUAGUCACCUGACAUUAAUUUACUCUUUUAAUGAAGUCUCUGAUUUUGUGAUCCGUGUAUUAUGUGCACAAGAUUGAUCAAAGACUUAACACGCCCACAGAUACUUUUUUUAUAAGUUCACCACUGAGUUGUGAAUGUAAUCUAAGAUCAAAUUUGCCUCUGUGCCUAUGUGUGAAAUCACUAUGAUAAUGAGAUUUUUUUCUCACUGAACCUGCAUGUUUGGGUAGCAGCAGACAGUAAUUUUACCGUAAUAUGGGACACAUGUAUAUAAUAGAGCAUUUUAAUAUUUAUAAAAUGCCUGGUUUGUAUAAGCAAAGAAAAUCUUUUUAAAAUAUAUAUGUAUAAAAUACAGAAAUUAGGUGUUUAUCAGUAAAACUAUUUUUCUGCUUCUGAAUUUUUACAAAAUGAAAUAUUGUUAAAGUUGCUUGCAGGCAAAGCCUUUUUUCUUUGAGUUAUUAUUUCCUUAUAUAGAAUCUAAUAAAAAACAUGUGUUCUACAAACCAAAUAUGAAGCUUGGUAAACAACUUGAUCUCUGCUUUGAACAGCAUCUGAUUACAACUCUGUUAAAUGUUUAGGUUCAUGGGGAUUAUCAGACUAAUGUUUUUCUGGCAAUAUAUAAAGCAAUAGUGCAAAUCAAGGAUAACAAAGGAAAACACAAAGCAAACACUGAAAAGCUGGACAAUCAUGAGUAAGACUCGUAAUUCAAAUACCAAAGCUCUCUGCCUGGGAAAAAAAAUGUCAGUGUUUUCAGUAAGGCCUGCUGGAUUUGUCCCAUUCUCAAGAAAUUGAAUUUCUUACAAUUCAGUGAACUAUGGAUGCAUUUUGUAACAGCAUGCCUUUUUUAUUAUGGCUUCAAGGUUUUAGAUUUCAGCAAGAUAUUUUGGAGGCUUAUUAACAUUUUCCCUUCUACUUAACAAGUGGUAUUGUUUAUACUAACCUGAAUAAGUGCCUCAUUCCCAGUUAUGUGCACAAAUAUGUUAAUAUUUAUCUAUCCAUGCAAUAAACUGAGUAUAUUUUAUAUAUCUAUUUAAUCUAUUUCCAGAUUAUGUAUUAGAUCCUCUUUUCCCUGGAGAUGUUUAUUCUGCUAGCAGUAAUACCAUUUGUUAAACCAUUUAUAUAGCAAUUACCAUGCUUAAAUUUGUUAUCAAGUUGUCAAAUAUCUUUCCAUGCAUAUUUAUUUGGAACAGUUUUUUUUGCUUAUGACUGUGGCUGUGAUAUUUGACAUUUGUAUCAGGAAAAAAAUAAAAUUAAUUCUGUUUUGGUUACUGAUCUAAAAUUUGUGCAUGAAUAUCACACUGUGGAGAGGGGUCAAUAAUGCAGUGUUAAGAAACUAAUUUGUCACACUGAUGGAAGAACAUAAAUGUACUACUGUGUUUGCAAUAAAUCUCACUGCUUUGUUCCUGAA